AUGGCUGCGUUGACAGUGGCUUCUAUAUACAUCCCGAUGGCUCUUUCACUGGCCUCGAACCUUGCCCAUGCCCCACCAAUCAGUGGCUUGUACUCCUUCGUGAUUCAUCCUCUGAUAUAUGCCAUUCUAGGAAGCUGUCCCCUCCUGGUAGUUGGGCCAGAGGCUGCAGGCUCCCUUCUCACAGGUGCCAUCGUCAAAGCAAGUGUCAUGCAAGGAAACUCCGGCGAAGACGACCUCGCAGAAACCGCCUUGGUCGUAGGAGUUGCCACCGCAAUGUCGGGCAGUAUGAUUCUCAUUGCCGGAUUGACUCGUCUUGGUUUCCUGGACAAUGUCCUGAGUCGACCCUUCUUGCGAGGAUUCAUCACUGCCAUUGGCUUUGUGAUCUUUGUAGAUCAAUUGAUUCCAGAAUUGGGUCUUGCCGAUCUAGCCAAAGACACUGGUGUCAGUCAUGGAACCAGCGUUUCUAAGUUGAUCUUCAUCUUCCGAAACGCUGGUCAGUCCCAUGGGCUCACUGCCAUAGUCUCAUUCGUUAGCUUUACGGUCAUCAUGGUUUUCAGAACAUUGAAAAAGAUGCUCGUACCACGUAUUCCCCAAGUUAUUUACUUCCCAGAUCGCUUUUUGGUUGUCGCCCUGUCAGCGGUGCUGGCUUGGCACUUUGACUGGGAGUCCAAAGGACUCGAAAUUCUUGGAUCUACAGAGGUCGCUGCCGGAGGACUCUUCUCAUUUAACUGGCCCUUCCAGUUUGCGCACAUGAAGCAUGUGCGAACGGCAAUGAGCAAAGCCUUCAUCAUCGCCCUGCUCGGUUUCUUUGAGUCUUCUGUGGCGGCCAAAGGACUGGGCGAAGGGAAUUCCGACGGAAUCAAGGGAAUGCACAUGAGUGCCAACCGUGAGAUGGUUGCCCUCGGUGUUGCGAAUGUCGUUGGUGGCUGUUUCUCUGCCCUGCCUGCAUUUGGUGGCUACGGACGAAGCAAGCUCAGUUCCCAGACUGGAGCACGCUCUCCAAUGACCAGUGUCUUUUUGAGUUUGAUCACGUUUACUUGUGUCAUGGUGCUUUUACCAUACCUCUAUUAUCUUCCGAAAGCAGUUUUGUGCUCCAUGAUUUCUGUGGUAGCUUACACCUUGGUAGAAGAAUGUCCCCAUGACCUACUAUUCUUCUUCCGACUACGCGGCUGGACCGAGCUUGUUCUGAUGGUACUCAUUUUCACGACAACAAUAUUCUACUCAUUGGAGCUUGGCAUGGCAAUGGGAAUCGGCCUCUCCGUCAUUAUUCUCAUCCGCCACGCCACACAACCCCGAAUCCAAAUUCUCGGCAGGGUGUCCGGCACAGAAGCUCGCUUCGACAACGCCGAACUCCACGCCGAAAACGUCGAGCUGGUCGAGGGUGCCCUGAUCGUCAAAAUCCCCGAACCCUUGACCUUCGCCAACACAGGUGACUUGAAAAACCGUCUCCGUCGUCUGGAACUCUACGGCUCGAACCAUGCGCACCCUUCGCUCCCGCGUAUGCGCGCACCGGAGCAUAACAAGAAUAUCAUUUUCGAUGUUCAUGGUGUAACGAGUAUCGAUGGGUCUGGAACGCAAGUUCUUUCAGAGAUCGUGCAUGCAUAUGCAGAACAGAGGGUCCAAGUGUUUUUCUGCCGGUUGCCGAAUCGGAAUGUGUUUAGCAUGUUCGAGCGGAGUGGGAUUGUUGAAAAGUGUGGUGGAUUGACGCAUUUCGUCCCUAGCGUCGAUGAAGCGCUGCGGUUGGCGGAAUCUGAAGAUCAGGCGCGGGAAUUCUGA